UUGCCAGACCUACCCAAGCAGGAUACACCAAAAUGUACUGCUUCAGCUGCCGGCGAAUCAUCCACUCAAUCCACCCCAUCGAGUAAUUCACCGGUUCAACGGAUGCGCACUCGAAAUCAGUCCACCUCGUCCCGUCCUUCCUCACCCACAUCGUGUCCAAGCCCCAAGCUCCCCAAACUGUCCGACACCACCAAGAAGCUCAGAUCUCCUCCACCCGACCAAGAUCAAAAACGCAGUCAGUCAGAUCGUUUGGGAAUAAGUGAUUCAUUAGAAUCAGUAACCGUGAGUAUCGGAGACACUCAUAUGCCCACUGAACCAGCUAAUCGCUCUCAUCCGAUAGAUACUCUUGGUACAAGUACAGUCCCGGACGAUUUUUCUCAAGCACUGUUGGCUCUGCUGGAACCCACUUAUCCUAAAGAACUGAUUGAUUGGUUUGAUCGUUUGUCUAGUGAGGAACCGCAUGUGUCCGAAAGUACGAUUCCACACGAAACUACGUUGAAUGCGAAGUUGGCAAGUGUUCAAUCGAAACCGAAAGCUGACCACUGUUCCGUGUCCCUCAGUGUUGCUCCAAACCCAAUCCCCACACCCUCGGUUAUCCCAUCCAAUUUGGUAACCGCGUAUGCAGACUUCUUGCUUGGUGCCGUCACUUCACUCCCUGAAGAGCUUUUGAAAUCUAUGCUGGCUGCCACGGAAGAGGUUGCUUGCGAAGUUUGCUGGGUCGGAUAUGUGCAGGCAUUGCAAACCAGCCGUACCGACGAAGUCCGAUCACUCCUCGCAGCUAAAUUCAUAUCUGUGUGCUGUGCAGUUUCUCAGGCGAAGAACCACAUUGAAUGUUCUACCCGAUUGAAGGAAUACUUAUUCAGUAGCUUAGCAGAAUUGAGCCGGAGUCAGGAUCUGCUAUAUCAUGCAAUCCGUGCGAUGUUCUGUCUCUUCUCUAAACUUUCAGACGAUUCUAUUCAGGUUUCACGGCUAUUCUUUGUUCAGUUGGUCAGAUGCCUUUUCCUAAACUGUAAUACAUCGCAAGCUUUGCACCAUCUUCCUGUCAUUCUGGAUGCAAGUAUCCAAGGUUUUCAGCAAAUGUGGCACUCAACAGAACCGCUUCGAGAUGUUGCGGCUUCCCAGUUCUAUACUCCGAUAACCAAUCCAUCUAAUUAUUCCUAUUGGGUUGCCACACUGCAAGCCUUGAUAGCAUGGCAAGAAUCACAUUUUGAUCUGGUGAAGAAUCCUGAUACUCCGGAAUUUCGUCAGUAUGAUCUAUUGCUAACUCGACUACACGCACUUGAGUGGCUUCCCGGUCCACGAUCACCACCGACUAGAUCCGAUAGCAAAGUUUGCCCCAUUUCGCAGCACACACAUCGGGUUCGAUUGCUCGCUUUGCGCCUUGUUGAUGCCUGUCUUUGUGUCACUCGUCAGAAGAGUCUUGACGUUCAACUACAGAUUCAUCCAGCCUAUUUAUUGGCUAAUCAAACCACGGAGGCCGCAUGUUCGCUUACCAUACUCUUGUCGGCCAUGAUGUUUGUCGUCGGAGACGAGGCGGUGAUAGAGGAUGUUCCGAUUACGGAACAACAGAAUCUCAGCUCUCGUGGUGCUACGCACCAGCGCAAGCGGCGUCAUCGUCAAACGCAACGCCAACAACGGUAUGGUUUAUUAGGAUGGCUAUUGACCAGUCGUCUACUGCCUUGGUUGUGUAACUGUUUCAAAUCACUGGAUACACUUGUUCGUAAAAAUAACGGUGUUCCCCAGACUAGUGCUCUUGUUGUGGAUCGACUGGCCGUACUUAUUACGGAUAUCAUCAUCCUCGGCAGCUAUCUGUUCUAUCGGUUGAAAAAUACACCCGCAACACACCUUACCGAGCUACGUAAAGUGUUAUUCGAUUCCGGACGCCGCCUGAUUGAAACAAUCAGUACUUCUUCGGCUCAAUCUCACAUGUCUGUAGAGGCCAGACGAGUAUGUUUGACUCGUCUUUUCGCUUUUGAACCGAGCCAAGUGUUGCAGCUCGUUAUGGACACGAAAGACGCCACCGUUGCACUCGAUCGUUCGGUUGUUGCACCCACUAUUCUGUGGCCGGACUUCUCCUUGCAUGAUCUUUAUAGUCAAGCCCUUCUAUUAGCUGAACAAACUGUCCCCCGUCUACCGACUUCUCUUGUACAGCAGUAUCGAGAGUUUUGUAAUGCUGAAUGUGUAACUACUUCCUGA